AUGGCAUCGGCAGAUGUUGGCUCCCCGAGCUUCGAGCGCCGCGAACGCGAUGGCGAAAUGGAAAACGACCGCGAUGGCGGUGACCGUCGACACCACCGCGACAACCGCGACAACGAUCGCCCCCGCCAUCGAGACCGCGAUCGCACCGAUAGCUACCGUCCGGCCCCCAAAGAACAACGACGCCCGACGCCGCCGAUGAAGACGGAGGAGGAGAAGCAGGCGAUCGCAAAGGCCGAGUACGAGAAGCUGCUGUCCAUGCGGUCUGGAGGCACCUACAUACCACCAGCGCGACUGAGGGCGCUGCAAGCCCAGAUCACCGACAAGAGCUCCAAAGAAUACCAGAGGCUGAUGUGGGAGGCGCUGAAGAAGAGUAUCAAUGGUCUGAUCAACAAGGUCAAUUACUCCAACAUCAAGCACAUUGUUCCCGAGCUCUUUGGCGAGAACCUGAUCAAGGGCCGCGGCUUGUUCUGUCGAUCAAUCAUGAAGGCGCAGGCGGCUUCUCUACCCUUUACGCCCGUCUUCGCCGCAAUGGUGGCUAUUGUCAACACGAAGCUGCCUGCUGUCGGUGAGCUCCUGGUCAAGCGACUCAUCAUGUCCUUCCGCAAGGGUUUCAAGCGCAGCGACAAGGCUGUCUGUGUUUCGUCCACGACAUUCUUGGCGCAUCUUGUCAACCACCAGGUCGCCCACGAGCGACUCGCUGGUCAAAUGCUCCUUCUUCUCCUUCACAAGCCGACGGACGACAGCGUUGAGAUUGCCGUUAACUUCAUGCGCGAAGUUGGACAACACUUGCAGGAUAUGCAGCCCGCAAUCGCCCUCGCCGUUUGGGAUCAGCUGAGGAACGUUCUGCACGAGGCAGAUAUCGACAAGCGUGUGCAGUACAUGAUUGAGGUGCUAUUCCAGGUUCGCAAGGACAACUUCAAGGACAACCCGCCCAUCAAGGAGGAACUCGACUUGGUUGAGGAGGAGGACCAAAUCACGCACAUGGUCGACUUAGACGGUGAAAUCGACGUACAGGAUGGCCUCAACAUCUUCAAAUACGACGCAGAGUGGGAGGAGCACGAGGAGGCUUACAAGAAGCUCAAGGCCGAGAUCUUGGGCGAGGGCAGCGACUAUGAUGACGACGAUGACGAUGAAGAUGAGAGCUCCGAGGAGGAGGACGAUGAAGAAGAGAAGGCAAUGGAGAUCAAGGACCAGUCCAACACCGAUUUGGUAAACCUGCGCCGUACCAUUUACCUGACGGUCAUGUCGUCCAUCGACCCUGAGGAAGCAGUUCACAAGCUUUUGCGGGUAAACCUCCCGGCUGGUCAAGAAGCGGAGCUGCCCUCGAUGAUUGUCGAGAUUUGCUCUCAGGAAAAGACCUUUUCGAAGUUUCACGGCUUGAUAGGAGAGCGUUUCGCCAAGCUUAACAGGUUAUGGACAGGUCUCUUUGAAGAAUCUUUUGCCGACUACUACAGCAAGAUCCACCGAUACGAGACCAACAGGCUUCGCAAUGUUGCGCGCUUCUUUGCGCAUUUGCUCGCAACCGAUGCUAUUGGCUGGCACGUACUUUCUGUUAUUCACCUCAAUGAGGAAGAGACAACGAGCAGUUCCAGAAUUUUCAUCAAGAUUCUUUUCCAGGACAUCUCUGAGGAGCUCGGCAUGGCAAAACUGCAGGCCCGGAUGAAGGACGAGAUCCUCCAACCCAGCUUCACCGGCCUGUUCCCGCGCGACAACCCGCGAAAUAUUCGUUUCUCCAUCAACUACUUUACCAGUAUUGGCAUGGGUGCUCUCACAGAGGCUUCUCGAGAAUACCUGCAGAACAUGCCUAAGCCGGCGUUGCCUGCGCCACCGGCUGAUGAUUCCGACUCGGAGUCGGUGUCUAGCUACUCUUCGUACACGGGCUCCUCAUACUCCCGCUCUCGAUCAAGGUCGCGGACGCCUCGACACGCCAUUGAUCGCAAGCAUGCUGGUUCCAGAUCUCCUUCGCCCCGUGGACGGGACCGCUCUCUCGCCUCCCAGAAAGGGACGUCGCGACGACUCGUAUUCGGCGAGUCCUCCGAGGAGACGCGGUCGCUCCGCCAGCUACUCAAGAUCUCCUUCUCCGGCCCGAAAUGGUCCCAGGGAUCGUAG